UCCAAUUUUCAACGCCACUAAUUCAAUUUUCAACUUUUGAUUUCUCCCCUUUCUUUUUUAUUUUUUCCAUGUUUGAGUUGUUCUGAUUAGUGUGCCGCAGAGUUAUUUUUUAAUUUUGCUUUGUUUAAGACCUCUGUUUGGUUGCUGAGAAACGGUAAGAAAACAGAAAAAGCAAAAGAUAGGAACUUUUUUUUUGGUGCCUUUUCUUUUAAAAAAUGUUUUCUGUUUUUUUUUUUUAUUUUUUUUUUAUUUUGAAAAAUAGAUAUAAAACGUCAACUAGUGAAAUACUAAUAACAGGUUUGGAUUAAAGCUUUUAAUUGAUUCUGAGUUUGUUUUGAUUCUCUGUUGCUGAAAUAUGAUUAAUUUAGAGAUUUCAUAAUUUUAAUUCCCCGUGUUUUCAUGCAUUUUCUCGGCAACCAAACGGAGCUUAGGGUCUAUUUUCUGUCGUUCAUUCUCUGAUACUCAAUCUGCUGUGAGUGAUCGGUCUUGUGAACUUAGCAAUCAUGAGAUUUAAGAAAGGAAGUAGAGUGGAAGUCUUGUGCAAAGAGGGUGUGACUUCGGGCUUUUGGCGCUGUGCUGAAAUUAUCUGUGGUAAUGGCCACACUUAUACAGUUAGAUAUGAGGGGCUCGCAAGCACCAUUGGCGGCACAGUAGGGGAGAGGAUAUCUAGGAAGGCAAUCAGACCUUGCCCUCUGCUAUCUGAAGUCGCAGAAAAUUGGGUUCCUGGUGAUGUAGUAGAGGUGUUUGAUGAUUUUUCUUGGAAAAUGGCAACGGUAUCUAAGGUAUUGGGCAAAGAAUAUUUUCUGGUCAGAAUACUAGGAUCAUCUCUUGAAUUUAAAGUGAGCAAAUUUGACAUCCGGAUACGACAGUCUUGGCAAGUUGAUAAAUGGAUUGUGAUUGGAAAGGGUUCUGGCAGCUGUGAAGAUAUAGGACGUGUUGAAAAUUCAACUUUGAAGCGCAAGAGAAAUUCUGUGAACAAUGUUCAAAUGAAAAAAACAAGGUUAAAUCAACAAGUGAAGGAUGAUUGUUUUCCUCUUGUGAACAAGGAGAAACUACAAGAGUCUAAUAAGCUCUCAUGUAAAACUUUGAAGAGAGGACCUUGUGCUUAUAAACAAGUUGACACAUAUGAUGGUAAUGGCCAAAAAUUUAGAACAGCUGAGAAAGAGGGCAGGCUGCAUCAAGUGUUUGCAACAAAUGGAUCCUCAUUGCCUGAACAGGUAGAUGAUGUUGCUUUCCCAAAAGAAAUGGUGGGUGAAAACUACCAAACUUGGUUUUCUGAGAUGGAUAUGGAGAGAAGAAAACAAACUGGUGCCGUUGGAUGUUCAUCUGCAAUAGAAUUAGAAUCCAAUUGUGGAGUUAGUGUUACUAGCUCAGUUGGUAGUUGUAGCAUCACUGGCAACAAUUUCUGUAAAUUGGAUCGUUGUGCUGGAUUUUUUGAAGAUAUUGAUAGAUAUAGUAGUAAUGCAGAAUCUUUCUGCCAGUGGGAAUACGAAGAAGAAAAUAGUAACUUUCCCACAAAGGAGGAAUUGGCUGCUGAAAUCCAUAGGUUAGAGUUGCAUGCAUAUCGAUGCACUAUGGAGGCAUUGUAUGCAUCAGGACCUCUAAGUUGGGAGCAAGAAGCACUGGUGACAAAUCUCCGUCUUUCCCUCCAUAUAUCAAAUGAUGAACAUUUGAUGGAGGGUCAAAGUAGGAAGCUUGUACACCUCACUUCCCUGAUGAAAGAUUCUACUGGGGUUUGCUACAUUGUCUUGGUUUAAACAGCCACCUGUGAGCCUCAAGUAUAAUGCUGUGAUGAAUAAUGUGAGACAACGUGGGAUCCUGUCCGGACGAAGUAUAUGAAAUUGGUAUUGAUAUUCUAUAUAAUAAGGGUAAAAUUAUUAAAUAAUUUAAAUUAAUAAUUUUAAA